UAUUUUCCAGUAACCAGAUGGGGCCAAAAGGACGCAACACGUGCAUGUGGACCCAAUUGUAUUCUUGCUGACAUGGAACUCGAAAACCGAUUUUGAGUCAAACCUAUCUUCUUUCAUUAACAGAGCGUCAACUUUGUCUACUCACCACCACUGCAGUAGAGGAAACUGGCCUUCUUCGACAACCCCCGUCCUUUACGAAAGCCAAGCCAACUCAGGGCUAAGAAGUGGUGCGUUUAACAUUCGCCUUUACAAGCAAUUGACAGGAUCUGCACGGAAAAUGUCGCAAACGGCUGUAAAAACAUCGUCUAUACAAUUGAGAAACAUUCAUGGCCCCAUAACAUCCUCACUUUCUACAGAUUUUCACGACGACGAAGACAGGUCAAGGUCAAGAGAUAGAUCCGACUAUCUUGAACAUGAUGCCUCGAGUCUCAACGAACUGACCUUCCCCGAGGGCGGCUGGCAGGCGUGGCUGGUGGUCUUUGGUUCAUUUUGUGCAAUGCUUUCGGUUUUCGGCCUCAUUAACUCGGCUGCCGUCUUUGAGUCAUAUUUCUCUGAAAACCAACUCGCUGAUCAUUCUUCAUCUGAAAUCGGAUGGAUAUUCAGCCUUUACCUUUUCAUUGUCUUCUUUGUUGGCAUCCAAGUUGGUCCCCUAUUUGACCAGUACGGUCCCCGCGGCCUUGUUGUCGCUGGUGGCCUUUGCAUGUCUGCAAGCCUUCUCUUAUUGAGCUUAUGCAAAGAGUACUAUCAAAUCCUUCUGGCGUACUCAAUUCUAGGUGGCUUGGGUGGUGCCCUGCUAAACUCACCAUCUUAUGGCGCUAUUGCUCACUUCUUUGACUCGCGUCGAGGCUUUGCCACGGGCAUAGCAGCCACAGCUGGUUCGAUAGGUGGAAUAGUGUAUCCCAUCUUGCUUCAGAACCUGUUUCCGACUUUGGGAUUUGGUCCAACAGCACGGAUUCUUGGCUUCAUUCUACUAGGACUCACAGUACCCGCGACUCUCUUUAUUCGUUCUCGGCUGCCAAAGAAGGAGGGACCUGGAUCCAUCUGGCCUGACUUCACCGUCUUCCGAAAUCUCAAGUUCACCCUAUCGGCAGUCGGAAUCUUCUUCAUGGAAUGGGGUCUCUUCGUUCCAAUAACCUACAUCAUCUCUUAUGCCGCAACUCUGCCCGGCAGCAACGUUCAUUCGUAUACAAUUCUCUCCAUCCUCAACGCAACAUCAGCAGUUGGGAGGUUUUUGCCAGGCUUAGCUGCAGACAAGUACGGACGAUUCAACGUCAUUCUCAUCACCAUCGCUCUCUGCUUCAUCACAGUUCUCGGUCUUUGGCUGCCCUCGGGCAACUCUCAACCAAUGCUCUUAGCUUUUGUGGCUAUAUUCGGAUUCGCAAGCGGAAGUAACCUGGGGCUGGUUCCGGUCUGUCUAGGCCAAUUGUGUGACGCGAGGGAAUAUGGGCGAUAUUUGUCUACGGCGAUGAUGAUGGCAAGCUUCGGCACUCUGAGCAGCUUGCCAAUUGCUGGUGCCAUCCUCGAGGCAAGGGAAGGAGGCCAAAAUUGGAAGGGACUGAUCUUGUUUUCCGGUGUCUCCUACUUUCUUGCUUUCAUUUGCUACGCUGCGGUCAGGGCGCUGGCCGUGGGGUGGAAAAUCUCAGCAAGGUUUUAAGAGAGCAGUCAACAUAACUGGCAAUGUCCUCGAGUUCAAACAAGAGCGACAUUCUUAAGACUACAUGACAUUGCUACUUACUAUAUCACAAAAGAUUUCUCCAA